UGUUUUUGUGUAUGCGAAAUGUGUUGCGAACCUUUCGAUGGCGCAUAGAGGCUCGAAGCCCCUGCAGAAGUUGGCGGAUUGAUGGUGAUACCUGUGCCUGUGUAUUGUGUGUGCCCAUAUGGGUGCGUGUCCGUGUGCUGUGCGUGGGACAAAGGGAAGACAGCUGGUCACCGACAAAGAUACCUGUUCUGUGGACCCUUCUCACGGGGCUGAGCAGAGGCUCCGGAACGGAGGGGGGUCAGUUCCCCGCCAGGGCAGAUUCGCGAGCUGCAAAGCCUGUGGAGAGAUUAGUGCUUGGCGGUGCUGGGUGAGGGGCUAGGCCGGGAAAUAAGUGUGAGUUAUGAGAUUACCGGAAAUAGUGGCUAGGGCCUUGAGAGUGGGUACCCCCCGAAUCCCAGGACUACUGAGCUCCACCAGUGCCCAAGAGAGGCUCCUCCGCACAGAAGAGGUUACUCGAGCUCCGGGGCCUGCGCUAGACCAGCUUGCGUAGGCAGGGCUUUGUAGGGGAGGGGAACUGGGGCUUAGCGAGUCACCUUCUCCCCCCUCAUCCCCGCUUCCAUCUGCAGGAAUUGCAAUGGCGACCCUGAGGGCCCUGUGGCUGACCUGCGCGCUGCUCGGAGUGGCCGGAGCGUGCCCAGAGCCAUGCGCCUGCGUGGACAAGUAUGCGCAUCAAUUUGCCGACUGUGCCUACAAGGAACUGCGCGAAGUUCCCGAGGGGCUGCCGGCCAACGUGACCACGCUUAGUCUGUCGGCCAACAAGAUCACCGUCCUGCGGCGCGGGGCCUUCGCCAACGUCACCCAGGUCACAUCUCUGUGGCUGGCGCACAACGAGGUGCGCACCGUGGAGUCAGGCGCGCUGGCCGUGCUGAGCCAGCUCAAGAACCUCGAUCUGAGCCACAACCUCAUAUCUAGCUUCCCGUGGAGCGACCUGCGCAACCUGAGCGCUCUGCAACUGCUGAAAAUGAAUCACAACCGCCUAAGCUCGCUGCCCGGCAACGCGCUCGGGGCGUUGCCGGACCUGCGCUCCCUGCGUAUCAACAACAACCGCCUGCGUACGCUGGCCCCCGGCACCUUCGACGAGCUGAGCGCUCUGUCACACUUGCAGCUCUAUCACAACCCUUUCCACUGCGGCUGCGGCCUUGUGUGGUUGCAGGCCUGGGCCUCGAGCACCAGGGUCUCGCUGCCCGAGCCCGACUCUAUAGCAUGCGCCACGCCUCCCGCGCUGCAGGGGGUGCCGGUGCACCGCCUGCCCACGCUCCCCUGUGCACCGCCCAGCGUGCGUCUGAGCUCAGAGCCGGAGCCGGAGGCACCCGGCAGCCCUCUGCGCGCCGGACUGACGCUUGUCCUGCACUGCACUGCCGAAGGCCACCCGACGCCCCGCCUGCAAUGGCACCUUCAGAUCCCGGGUGGCACUGUAGUCUUAGAGCCGCCGGCCCUGAGAGAGGAGGACGAUGCGGACGGGAUAGAGGACCAGGAGGGGGAUGGGGACGGGCCGACGCAGACCGAAGCCCCAACCCUGACUCCAGCACCCGCCUGGCCCGCACCCCCAGCUACCCCACGCUUCCUGGCGCUCGCAAACGGCUCCCUGUUGGUGCCCAUCCUGAGCGCCAAGGAGGCCGGCGUUUACACCUGCCGUGCACACAACGAGCUGGGCGCCAACUCGACGUCAGUACGUGUGGCUGUGGCAGCAGCAGGGCCUCCGAAGCACGCGCCCGGCGUCGGGGGAGAGCCCGGUGGGCAGACCCCGCUCUCUGAGCGCAAGUCCACAGCCAAAGGUCGGGGCAACAGCGUCCUGCCUUCUAAGCCCGAGGGCAAAACCAAAGGCCAAGGCCUGGCCCGGGUCAGCGUCCUCGGGGAGACGGAGGCGGGGCUGGAGGAGGAGGCAGGUGAGGGAGAAGAGGCCGAAAAUCAGGUCCUAGAGGGCUCAGCGGAGGAGCAGCGGUGCGGCCACGGGGACCCCUCGCGAUACGUGUCCAACCACGCGUUCAACCAGAGCGCGGACCUUAAACCUCACGUCUUCGAGCUGGGAGUCAUUGCGCUAGACGUGGCGGAGCGUGAGGCGAGGGUGCAGCUGACGCCGCUGGCGGCGCACUGGAGCCCUGGGCCCGUCGGGGCCGCGGGAGCUGGGCAGCCUGGGCGGCGGCCCCUGCGCCUACUCUAUCUGUGCCCAGCCGGGGGCGGCACCGCCGUGCAGUGGUCGCGGGUGGAGGAGGGCGUCAAUGCCUAUUGGUUCCGCGGCUUGCGUCCUGGCACCAACUACUCCGUGUGCUUGGCGCUGGCGGGCGAGGCGUGUCACGUACAGGUGGUGUUCGCCACCAAGAAGGAGUUGCCCUCGUUGUUGGUCAUUGUGGCCGUGAGCGUAUUCCUUCUGGUGCUGGCCACCGUACCCCUGCUGGGCGCCGCCUGCUGCCAUCUGCUGGCCAAACACCCCGGCAAGCCCUACCGCCUUAUUCUGCGACCACAGGCUCCCGAUCCCAUGGAGAAGCGCAUCGCCGCCGACUUCGAUCCGCGUGCCUCCUACCUCGAGUCGGAGAAAAGCUACCCCGCAGGCGGCGAGGCAGGCGGCGAGGAGCCAGAGGAGGCCCCCGGAGAGGGUCUGGAUGAAGACGCGGAGCAGGAGGACUCUAGCGGGGACCUGCAGAGGGAGGAGAGCCUGGCGGCCUGCUCUCUGGUGGAGUCCCAGUCCAAGGCCAACCAAGAGGAGUUCGAGGCGGGUUCCGAGUACAGCGACCGGUUGCCCCUGGGCGCCGAGGCGGUCAAUAUUGCCCAGGAGAUUAAUGGCAACUACAGGCAGACGGAGGGCUGAACCCCGGGCCCACUGGACCCACCAGGCCCGCCCAUUCCCACCCCUCACCUUGGGUCCCGAGGAGCAGAAGCCUUGGGCUGGCAGGACUUAUCACCCCAUCCCACCCCGGGUACACCCACUCCGCCCCCUUGUCACUCCCCAAUCUUGAAUACUAGGGGCGUCGGGAAAGCAGACCGUUUUCACCAGUCCCCAGUACCCACAGCCUGCCGUUACUCUUUCGGCGGGUGGAACCCCUCCUGCCUCAAGCACAGUUCCUCGCUCCUUCCUCCCCAAAUAAGCCACGCCCCACAAACGGGAAAGGGGGGAAUCCACACCCCUCCAUUCCCAUCGCGAAGGUUACCUAAGGGAGCAACCAGCUGGUAGGUGGUUCUACGUCCCACCGCCGACCCCACGGUCGGCUCUGGAUCCAAAGGAAAUAGGAAAAGACCUUGGAAACAUCUGGUGGUAAUGCUGUGGCUUGGAACCAGCCCUGGACCCCUGGCGGAAGUCCCUAGCGCGGUGCGCCGUGGGCUCCCAUUUCGACCCCACUCCCUCCGCCCUUUCCGGGGCGCAGGGAUCCGGUGGCAUAAAGGGAAGUCAUUUUCCCUUACACCCCUAGUUUUGUGUUUGAAAUCCUCCCUCCCGACUGGGGUCCUUUUCCACUAUCCCCACCCCGCUCUGGCCCUAGCCGGCUUCUGACCAGCUGGAACUGAGCCGGGUACCUGGGCCCCUUUCAGCUCAGUGCUCUGAUUUUCAUAUUUUUGUUCUUUUCAAAGACAGCUACACACUCCCAGGCCUGGUGCUAAGAGCCCUUUCCAGCUUCUGGAAAAAUUGGGUAUGUGUGUGGAGGGGGGACGGGAACCCGUUUCUCUCGCGCUCCAGCCUAACUUAAAGCGCCGCAAGACUGUGCGCCCCUUUUUGGCUGAUGGUGCGGGCUGGGCCCGGGGCCAAUUUCGUUGUCAAUGUGUUGGGGUUUCCGGAGGUCGGUGCGGUUUCCGCGACUCCCGGGGGCCCAGACCCGUGCCCACGAAGGCUGGGGGCAUAGGAAGCCAACUGCGGCCCCUCUGGCUCGGUCCCUCAUGAAUGUUUGCGCCCUGGUUAGCACAAAGCCUCCGCGGGGCCGCAGCGAGAUGGGAUGUAGGAAAGCGCUAGGCCCUGGCGACUCCCCGCCCUGUCCCUCCUUGGGUGAGAAUCGCCUUGGGCGGGCGUGUAGUCCUAGACAGCGUGCUCUGUAGGGGAAAAGACUGUGUCCUGUGAAAUGUGAGCGUGUAGUG